UCUAUGUCUCACACACACGCAUCAUAACCCCCUCCGUUUAUCUCUCCUCUCUCUCACUCUCUCCCUCACACACACACACACACACACACACACCACACCCCCUCCCUUCUACCAACUAAUUUUCUUCGCUUCCAAAUUCCCGACCUGAUGCGUAUGGUCCAAAGAAUAUUAGUUACUAGACAAGGCUACGUAGAGGAAUUAGGUAAAUCUAAGUUGGAAUUGUAGCUGCUAUCACAGUACUGUACUUCCAUGGCCUGCCAUUGUAUACAUACUAUUGCUCACAAUCGCUAUUGGUUUUCAUCUCUGUCCUCAUUGCCAUGGAUGGACACUCUGCUCACGAACCCCUUCUUUCCAGUGAAGGCGGUGUCGACCCAACUUAUCUCGAGAACAAGAAAAAGAAGGCUGCGAUUCGAUUUUUCGUGACUUUUGCGAAAUGGGUUCUCAAAAUCACAAUGUGGGUAAUUUUCAUUGCUUGGGUUGCUUUUUUGUUUAUAACGCCAUCAUACUCUGGGAUCAGUCUGUAUGAUGAAUUGCUUGCUGCUAUGAAUGGAACUCUUUUUGGUGACACAGGAGCUAUACUUAUGAUGUAUGGUGGCCCGAUUUUCAUUAUUGCAUUUCUUGCUAUUCCAUAUCUUAUAAUCAUCUCCUGGGAAGAGGAAAAUCAAUUGCAAGAGAAGAAGGAGAAAAAAAGCCCAAGAUUUCACUUAGGGACAUUCCCAAUUCUAGUAGAAGGACCAUUUGGGGUUGUUACUGCUGCCGAGUUGAUUGGGAUAAUCCUCUUCAUUGUGUUUGCUAUCUGGGCCAUUUAUUCUUAUACCGUUGUGAACUUCAUCUUGUUACCAACUUAUGGCGCUAUGACUCUUUAUGAAAAAUGGAUUAUAAUGGUGCGAAUGACAGCACUUAUCUUUGGUUUGACUGCCUUAACUUGCUUGGCCUUUUUAUUUAUCCCAAUUUCAAGAGGAUCGAUUCUUCUCCGUCUUAUUAACAUACCUUUCGAGCAUGCUACCAGAUAUCACAUAUGGUUGGGGAAUUUCACGAUGUUCAUUCUUACUCUUCAUGGAGGAACCUAUAUGGCUGAAUUUAUAAUGAGGGGCGAAUUACUAACGGAAAUUUUGGAGUGGAAAAGCGAUCGUGGAGCCAAUUUUGCGGGGGUUAUUUGCUAUAUAUUUGCUCUAUUGAUGUGGGUGACAUCUCUUCCUCCUGUAAGGAGGCGAUAUUUUGAGCUGUUCCUCUACACACAUCAACUCUACAUACUCUUUUUCAUAUUUAUGGCCUUGCAUAUAGGAGAUACCUAUUUCAGUAGAGCUGCUGCAGGAAUCUUCCUCUUCAUGCUUGAUCGCUUUCUAAGAUUUUGCCAAUCACGAAGGACUGUCAAAAUAACUUCAGCCACUUCCUUUCCAUGUGGGACAGUGCAAUUGGUCCUCUCAAAACCUGGAAAUCUGCAAUACAAUGCCCUCAGUUUUAUUUUCCUUAGAAUUCGGGAGUUAUCGCGACUACAGUGGCAUCCUUUCAGUGUUUCAUCUAGUCCUUUGGAUGGUAAGAAUCAUCUUUCACUACUCAUAAAGUCUGUUGGGGACUGGACCGGAAAGCUAAGAGGAUCUACCAUGAAUAUGUCUGGGGAGGAACAGCAAAUAGAGCUACCUUUUCAACCGCAUUCUGAGAUUACAGCUUCUGUAGAGGGGCCUUACGGGCAUGAAUCACCAUACUACUUGAUGUAUGAAAACCUUAUUCUAGUAGCAGGAGGCAGUGGGAUUUCAGCUUUUUUGGCUAUCUUGAGUGAUAUUUUUCAUCGUAUUAAGGAGAAAAAACCUUGCUUGACCAGAAAUAUUGUCCUUGUUUGGGCCAUAAAGAGAUCAAAUGAGCUUCCUCUUCUUUAUACAGCUGGUGUGGAGUCAAUUCCUACAUCUUUAUCUGUUAAACUGAACCUUGAUAUUCAAACUUAUGUCACUCAAGAAUCUGAACCUCCAUUGGAAGAGGGUAAAUUUGACAGUGGUGUGAACUCUUCUGUCUUCCCAAUCUCCAACGGAUUUAGCAUAUCUUCAUUGGUUGGUACUGGAAAUAUUAUAUGGCCUGGAAUUUAUCUUGUUGUAUCCACAGUUGGCUUGGCUAUUACUCUAGGCUUGUUGGAUACCUAUUACAUAAACCCUUUCAGUAUAUCCAAGUGGUGGUACUUGGGGAUUUUAUUGUUAGGAUGCAUGGCCGUGAGUGUUCUAGUUUUUGGGGGUCUUGUGAUUGGUUUGUGGCAUCUUUGGGAAAGAACUUCAGCUGAGGAAGAAUGUGGGGUUGAUGGGACAAAUUUUGACACGGCGCAGCAUAGUGAACCCACAGAGCUCAAGGUUUCACGUCAGGAAUAUCUUGCUAGUCUAAAGACUGUUCAUUAUGGUCAGAGGCCAAACUUCAAAGAAAUUUUCGGAUCUAUAGCAGAGCGUUGUGGCCAUGUUGAUGUUGGUGUCAUAGUAUGUGGUCCUCAAAGUCUUCAGUCUUGUGUUGCUAAAGAGUGCAGGUCACAGAUUUUAAGGAGAAGAUCCACUGACCCUAUCUUCCAUUUCAACAGCCAUAGUUUCAGUUUGUAGCCACCAUAAUCUCUCUCACCCCUUUUCUUUUUGUAAUGCUAUUGUUUUCGUUAACAUAGGCUCUCUCUCUCUCUCUCUCUCUCUCUCUCUCUCUCUAUAUAUAUAUAUAUAUAUAUAUAUAUAUAUAGCUCAAGGAGAGUUGCUGAGUUUCAACCCUGUGAGGAACUAAAAAUAUCAUAUAUGUUUGGCCAACAUUCUUGUUACCGACAAUUGGCAGAGCCCAAUAAAAUAUAAGGUGUGCCGUGGCAUGCCUAAUUUUAUUAAAAAAUGCAUUUUUAUUAGGUGGACAGACUAACGAAGUAAUAUAUGUGAACCAGUGUAUCUAUUUUUAUUGGGAAAGAAGAACAAAGGGUGAUAAAUAGAAAAUUUUUAAGGCAGUUUGUGUUGAUGUCACAUGUUUG